AGAGAGGGUAGUAGAAGUAGGAGAAAAAUAUUCUCUUAAAGGACACAGAUGAGGGAGGAACACUGUCCACCAGUGAGUGACUAAUUGAAAUCAGCCAGAAUCAACAAUUCUGGAUGAGUGUUCCUUCAGACUAAAGACAACUAUUGAGCUGGCAACAUGUCUACUCACAGCCCGACAAUGUCCAGCAACAUCUACAACAGCAACAAAUCCUCCCUUAACCCAGCCGUAGUAGAGGUAGCAUUGAAACGAUACUACCUGCCGACUAUGUAUGCGGUCAUUUUCGCCGUGGGGCUGCUGGGUAAUAUCACUGCCAUCGGCAUCUACCUAGCCAAGCUACGACCAUGGAAGUCCAACAGCAUCAUCAUGGUCAACCUGGCAUCGGCAGAUCUCCUGUAUGUUCUGAGUCUGCCUUUCCUGGUGUUCUACUAUGGCAGUGGUGGAAAGUGGACCCUGGGCAACUUCAUGUGUCGCUUAGUCCGUUUUGGCUUCUACUUCAACCUAUACGGCAGCAUUCUGUUUCUCACCUGUUUGUCGGUGUUUCGAUAUGUCGCGGUGGUGCAUCCUCAUCGGGUAGCCCAUCUCCAGGAGAAGACGUGGGGCAUCGUGGCGUGCGUGGCAGUCUGGUCUAUCAUUGCAGUAGAGAUCACGCCCAUGCUCGCCAUCAUCACUGUAGAGAAUCAGACCUGUUUGGACUUUGCCAGCAGCAACCAGGUGGAUGUGGUGUGGUGGUACAGCUGGGUGCUGACCGUGCUGGGCUACCUGUUGCCCCUAGUGGUGGUGGUGGUGUGUUACGCCUCCAUCAUGUGGGAACUAGCCAAGGGGCCCUUCACCAAGAGCCCUUGCAAGACACGGGCGCGCCGCCUCACCGUGCUUAUCUUGGUGGUGUUUGUGGUGUGUUUCCUUCCCUACCACAUCCUGAGAGCGAUGAGAAUACAUACACGAAAUUCCAUGUCGGAGCACCUGGUCAAUGCCGCUUAUAUCGUGUCCAGGCCCGUGGCCGGUCUGAACUCGUUCUUCAACCUGAUGUUGUACACCCUGGCUGGGGAGAACUUUCAGCAGGCCUUCAUCAGUUUGUUGCCCUGGAAGGCCUGGAAGGCCAGUGCCAUGACUCAUCUCAUGGAUGUCAACAGUAGACCAAGUUACACAGAUUCAGCCAGAUCAACAGCAGCCACUGAUUUGGCCACUAACAAACAAUAAAGGGUAAAUCUCUACCAAACUUCAGCCAUUGGCCACGUCUUUACUGUAUACAGCUCUGGAAAAAAUUAAGAGA